AUGAGGUCGGUUGACUUCAAAAACGUACCGGACAACUUCCUAGCGACGGUCGCCCAGGUUGUGCUGGGGAUUGUCGGAGAUCACAACGAAACGGUGCAUGGCGACUACAGCAGCCCGGUGCUGAAGCCGGUUGUCGCCCGGAUUUAUCCCAUAUUUAUCGUAAUGUACGCGAUUCCGGCUGCUCUGGGAAUCGCAACGAACGUGCUGAUAGUGUCCUACAUCAGCAAGUACCGCCUACACCGGGAUGCGACCCAGGCUUUCAUCGUCAAUCUGGCCGUCUGCCAUACGGUACAGUGUGCAUUUGUGCUUCCGAUUUCGUUGAUGGUGAUGCUAAUCCAGAACUGGAUCUUCGGGCAGUUUCUGUGCUUCUUUCUGCCGCUGCUACAGGACAUUCCCCUGCACGUGGCCAUGAUUUCCCAUCUGCUGAUAGCUUGGGAUCGCAAACGGUGGCUAACGGACCCGCUGAAGGCCCGCCUGCCUGCGUUCGUGUGCAGCUGCGCUUCCUGGCUGGCCGGGAUGGUCAUUGCGCUUCCCUAUCCGAUCUACACGACCUAUCUGGAUCUGGGGAAAUACGUUCCCAAAUUCGAAGGCGUAGGAAUCUGUGCCGUCAAUCUGGUCGACGACAUGCAAGAGUACAUGAGAGGAUUAUUCGUAAUUAUGUACUGCGGGCCAAUGACGCUGCUUGGCUAUCUGUACAUUCGGACGUCCCGCGAACUGCGGCCUCCCGAUGGGCCGCUGUCCAUCAUGAUGUUCGAGGCCAGAGCCGAAGCAAGAACGAAGCAGAUCCGGGCCAGUCGGGGUAGUUCGAGUGGCGCCGCUGGCGCUGGUGCCGGGGCCGGUUCGGGUGCUAAUCUUAGCAGCAACUCGCGAACCUACGACCUGUACGAUGCGGAGCUGGAUGUGAACCGGGAAAAGCGAACGCAGCGCCACCUGGGAGCGAUGGCCUCCGCCCAAGUGCUGUGCGUUUGCCCUUUGAUGAUUCUGAGGUUGGCUCGGAUGACUCUGGUGGAGACGUACGAGAACCAGGCCCACUUCGAUAUCACCUAUCUAAUGUUCGUGUGGAUCGCAUUCCUGCCGACGGUCAUUGUUCCCUGGAUUUAUGCCAGCUGGGUGCUGUCGAGACCCGCGAAAGAACGUCUCAGAGGGUACUUACGACUAUCCUCUCGGAGAAACACGGCCACAAAAUCCGAGCCAUCCGUAGACGACGGCAGUUCCCCGCCGGGCAUCAAAACACCGCUAUCGACGCAAAUGUCAACAAUUAGCAGCAGCCACCCGGCAUCGGCGGUGACAUCUUCCGUGCCCAUCUCUACCGUAGCUAACGACGGAAAGCCUCAAGCCGUGGUGCAACACGCCCGUGUCAAAGCUUUACCAUCGAUCGAUCGAUCCAAAUCCCCAGCAGAAAGCAGCACCAGAACGCAGCAAUCUACUUUGGAAAGCAGCAGUACCGUGCCGAGCACGCUUCCGACUGGGCGUCCCAAGCGACAGCUGCCUCCACCAUUGCGAAUUGAGCACAGCAACUUUAGCAAGACUCCGUCAACCAGAAGCCGUAGCUCGUCGGGCAGUACGAUUCAACGAUCCUCACUUCGAUCAACCCACAGUAGAGCAAAUUCGAACAACGAAAUCGUUUCUAUUUCCAAUAGGAAACCUUUAGUAAAUGCUGCCGAAGAAGAAGACGACUGUUGCUCAUCUCUGGCAGGUCAUGGCUCCAACGUGACCUCUAGCACCUACUGCAACAUCAACGAACGUGAAGUAGUCGCUCCCGAGAUAUACGAACCCAUACAACGAAGCGUUCCACGGAAAACCUCCCAACACAAGCCACCUUCGCCAUACUACCAAUCCACAAUCGACGGCGAAAUCAAUGACGUCGACUCCGAUUCGGACCUCUACCAGCGAAAACCGGUUCGUUAUGGUUCACUCUCCAAGCAGGACUCCGGUGUCCUGCAGCCAGCUCCCUCGAUAGUUUCGGUUACCGAAAGUGAAUACUCCUCUCGAAAAGGUUCACUCAGUACCCUUUCCCGCGAUAUGGAGAUAAUCGACCGGCUGGAACGGGAACGUAGCAUGGACAUUCAGGAGAUGAUUCAACGGGAGAAAAACUACGAGCACUAUCUGGCUCGACAGAACUCCAAACUGAAAUUCUCCACCAACUUUGACGACUACUUCGAGGAGGAACCUCCUAGCCAACCGAUCGCGGUACCGCAGCCCAAACACCGUUCCGUCUCACCGCACAUCGUUCGCAACGGUUCAAAUCGACGCAGCAGCAGUCUUAGCUAUUCCUCCGCUAAACGCGAUAGCGGCUACGAACAGUCGGUAGCAGGAACGCCACCUUCACCGGCUGUCCUGCCAGCGCAACCGCCAACUCCGCAGCUGCAGCAGCAACCGAUGCCGUCGGCCAACGACUCCGGCUAUCAUCACAACAAUCGCGUUCCAAGGCGCUCGCUGGAAUUGGAACGGCAACGGUUCAUGCGAACACACAGCUCACACUCAAGCCGAAGUUCGACCAAAUCGCGCGAUAGGGUUAGCUUUCAUGACGAUAUCUAA